AGUGAACAUGGCCAAUUGUGCCAUACAUUGUUAAAUUCAGAGACAAAAGAAACUAAUAUGAGAGUUCACUGAACUAUUGCUACAGAUAAGCCUACAAGUAUAUAAAACUAGAAGUGUUCAUACACUUCCUACUUUCUUCAUCCGCUCAGAUUUCUCAUUUGCUUCUGAAUCCCGUUAGAUUAUGGAUACCCUUGAGGAUGAACUUCCCAGUCCCAUGAACAAAUCCGUAAUCGAGCAAGUCGACGACUCGAAUGCGAAUCCUGUUCAUGAGUUUGGAGCCAGCCAUGAUUUCACUGAUCACAAUUUCUUCCCUGUCAAUUCAGACCCUUCUGAUAAUUUACCCUCGUUGCCGGGCGUGAGCACGGAGGUGAAUUUUCCGGAACGCAGUGAAGCAUCCAAUGCAAUUCUCAAGUACAUAAGUGAGAUGCUUAUGGAGGAGGAGGAAUACUUGGUGAACAAGCCCUGCAUGCUGCAGGAAUGUUUGGCACUCCAAGCUGCCGAAAAGUCAUUGCAUGAUGUGAUUGUUCAGGACCAAAAUCCCUCUUCAAGUGAUCCACUUAAUUUCAUACAUCGAAAUGUUGAGGCCCCGAACGAGGGCAGUAAUCACAGCAGUACUGGCUCUAUAGCUGCUGGAAACAGGGUUGGCUUGGAUUGGGGUUCUGUUCAAGAUGUUUUCGAGUCCUCUCGUGCCCAAAUUCCAAACCCUUUGGUUUUGAGCGGUGAGGGUGAAAUCACGCAUCUAAAACACAAUUCAUCGUCUGUUGUGGAGCUGAGGGAGCAGCAGGGAAACGAUGUGAGUUUCAAUUUGGACAAGGAUGGCAGCGACUCAUCAAAUGGAUCAAGGAGUAAGAGGAGUCAUCAGAGGGAGGACGAGGAUUCUCUAGAUGACUGGAGGAGAAACAAGGAUCCAGCGGUUUAUGCUGACGAAUUUGAGCUACCGCAGCUGUUUGAUGAGGUACUGCUCUGUCAGGGUGAGAAACAAGAGUCCAACUCAUGUUCUCCCAAGGAAAGCGAGAAGUUGCAGCUCAACCGGAAGUCAAAAGUAUCGAAGGGCAAGAAAACACGCAAGAAAAAGCUGGAUGACAAUGCGGGGAUGGUUGAUCUAUGGACGCUGCUGACUAUAUGUGCACAAUCUGUUGCAAGCUAUGACAAAAGGAAGGCAAAUGAACAACUCAAGCAGAUAAGGCUGAACUCUUCUCCCUAUGGCGAUGACACGCAGAGAUUAGCUCAUUACGUGGCAAAUGGCCUCGAAUUGCGCUUGGGUGCGGAUGUUCCCUCGAACGCUUCCCUUCCCAGCAGUGAGAUGUCAGCUGCUGAUAUCUUGAAAGCUUACCAGACUUACAUCACGGCAUGCCCUUUCCAGAAGAUGUCGAAUAUCUAUGCUAACCAAACGAUUCUGAAACAAGCAGAGAAAGCGACAAGGCUUCACAUCAUUGAUUUCGGUGUCCUCUAUGGCUACCAAUGGCCUUCCCUCAUCCAAGACCUCUCCAAGAGAAACGGCGGACCUCCCAUGCUUCGCAUAACCGGAGUAGAGUUUCCCCAGCCAGGUUUCCGGUCUUCAGAAAGGGUCGAACAGACAGGGCGGCGCCUAGCGAAUUACUGCAAGAGGUUUAACGUCCCCUUCAAGUACAACGUCAUAGCAACAAAUUGGGAAACAAUUCGGUCUGAGGAUAUCAAAAUCGACAGAGAUGAGUUAACUGUAGUCAACUGCUUGUACCGGCUAAAAAACCUACAGGAUGAUACAGUGACAGACUGUCCUAGGGAUACAGUUUUGAAGUUGAUCCGAAGAAUUAGCCCAGAUUUGUUCAUCCAUGGGGUAGUCAAUGGAUCCUACAAUGCACCCUUCUUUGACAUACGCUUCCGAGAGGCACUCUUCCAUUUUUCUUCCCUGUUCAACAUGUUUGAGGAGACUGUGCCACGAGAAGAUCCACAGAGGUUGCUCUACGAGCAAGAAGUAUUUGGCAGAGAUGUUAUCAAUGUGAUAGCAUGUGAGGGUCCAAGAAGAGUCGAAAGGCCGGAGACAUACAAGCAGUGGCAGACUAGAAACAUGAGAGCUGGGUUCCGGCAGGUACCGUCAGACCAGGAGAUCUUGAAGGAAGUCAGGAGUAUGGUGAAGAGAGAUUACCACAAGGAUUUCUCCAUCGACGAAGAUGGAAUGUGGAUGUUGCAGGGAUGGAAAGGCAGGAUAUUCCAUGCUAUUUCGUACUGGAAACCUGUUUGAGUUACAAAAGGCACCAAGGCAAUGCCCGAAAAGUGUGUGCUAGCAGUCUGGCUCAUAUUCUGCUGGUUUUCGGACUUCGGGAGAGUAAUUUUACGGGACUUCGAUUAGCUAGUACUGCUUAGAACUUGUAAGCAUGAUUUGUAGUUAUGUACCCUCUUACAAUCUGAUUUGGGUGUACUAAUAGUUCAGUUUAAUGAAAGUUUACCGUUAUGUUUUGAA